AUGGAGCAAGCGUCGCAAAACCUGGAUCAAGAAUCUGGUAAACGGAGCUCCACAUUCAUCCCAUCUAAAGUUGCUCUGGCAAUGAAAGAAAAUUUGGCUCUCAGGUCCGUAUGGGCCGAACUAAAUGGCGCCAUGGGUGAUUUAGGCACAUACAUACCCAUAGUCCUAGCCUUAACUCUUGCCAAAGAUCUCGACCUUGGAACAACCCUAAUUUUCACUGGAAUUUAUAAUUUCGUCACUGGCGCCGUCUAUGGAGUCCCCAUGCCCGUCCAGCCCAUGAAAUCAAUAGCCGCGGUUGCUAUUUCCACUCCCGAUUUCAACAUUCCAGAGGUGAUGUCUGCUGGGAUUUGCACAGGUGGGAUUUUGCUAAUUUUGGGCGUUACUGGUUUGAUGCAUCUUGUAUAUAAGCUGAUUCCAAUUUCUGUUGUUAGAGGAAUUCAGCUUGCGCAAGGGCUGUCUUUUGCUAUGACUGCAGUGAAAUACGUAAGAAAAGUUCAGGUGUUUGCCAAGUCCAAAUCUGGCGGUGAAAGGCCCUGGCUUGGGCUUGAUGGAUUGGUUUUAGCUCUUUUAUGUGCUUGUUUUAUCAUAAUUGUUAAUGGUUCUGGUGAAGAAAACGAAAAUGGAGAAAUUAAUCAAGAACUGGAUAGUUUAAGCACAAGGACUUCAAGAAUGAAAAAGCUGAGAAAAAUAAUUUUCUCUCUGCCCUCAGCAUUUUUAAUUUUUUCACUGGGAUUGGUUUUGGCAGCCAUAAGAGGCCCUGAAGCCGUCAAAACUUUCGAAUUCGGGCCUUCCCGGAUGGAAAUUAUCAAGAUAUCCAAGCAUGAGUGGAAAGAGGGUUUCGUCAAGGGUACAAUCCCGCAACUGCCCCUGUCGAUUUUAAACUCUAUAAUCGCCGUUUGUAAACUGGCCACUGAUCUUUUUCCCGAAAAGGAUGUAUCUGCAACAUCUGUCUCGAUCACAGUCGGGCUCAUGAACGUGAUUGGAUGCUGGUUUGGGGCCAUGCCGUGCUGCCAUGGGGCCGGUGGGCUUGCGGGGCAGUACAAGUUUGGGGCGCGGACAGGGGCUUGCGUGGCGCUGCUUGGCCUGGCUAAGUUAGUGUUGGGUUUGGUAGUCGGGAGUUCGAUGGUUAGGGUUUUGGAUGAGUUUCCAGUCGGGGUAUUAGGGGUUCUGCUGUUUUUCGCAGGGGUCGAGCUGGCCAUGUGCUGCAGGGAUAUGAACUCCAAGGAUGAGUGUUUUGUGAUGCUUGCUUGUGCAGUGGUUUCAUUGGUUGGGUCAAGUGCUGCUUUGGGGUUCUUGUGUGGGAUGAUGGUGCACUUGCUUGUGAGGGUAAGGAGGGGUUAG